UCUGUGCAAUACACACUCCGUUAUGUAGUUACACUGUAGUGUUUAUUACGUUAUUAAAACCGCUCUCUAUGAAAAACAGUUUGUUCGUUGAAAAGUAAAAUUCGUUCUGUAAAUUCGGCAAUUCGCUUUGUAAAUCUUAAAGUUGUUCUGUGUUUACAAAUGUUUAUUAUGUGCUUAUGGCAUUUCGCUAUGAACAAGUGUUUUUCGAGUAAGUGAAAAAUUGUUCUGUAUAUUAGACUGGUCGUUUUGUGCAUUUUACCGUUGUUCUAUAUAGACUAUGUUGUUCUAUGUGUGCAACUUUGUAACGUAUCCUUAUCGCAGUUCAUUGUGUACAAUCCUUACCGUUAUCUCGAAAUGACUACACGUUCUGCGAACACAACCAACUGUUCUGCAAAUACUGUAAUGUGUUCUGUACAUACCAAUUAUUUACCAGUAUUUGUACAUAACCUUCAACCAAAAUAUUAAAAAUGGAGGCAAUGGAACGUGUUUUAAGAAGCGUUAACUUGGAUGCACAUUUUUUUUUAAAUCAGGAGCGAAAAAAUAACCCCUGACAUUAAUUGUAAACUGACAAGGAAAGACUUUGUUAAUCUUGGAAUUAAUAGCAAUGCAGAUAUGAUGAGAUUACGUGUUGAAUGUAUCCGAUUUGGAAAAAAGAACAAGGUGUUUAAGUUCGAAAUAACAAAGGAUAUUAUUCAUACAUUGUUGGAAUCGGGCUUUUCUGUAAAAGGUAUGGCUAAAAUGUUGGAUGUAUCAGAGAGAACAGUGUUUCGCCGAAUGAUUCAGUUCAACAUAUAUGUGCACAGUUUUACUGAUAUUGACAACCAAACGCUAGACAAACAUGUCAGAGAGCUUAUUUCUGAGUAUCCUCGCUGCGGAGAGAAAAUGAUAGGACAGAUACUUCGUGUGAGAGGAAUAAAGGUAAAGAGGUCCCAAUUAAGAGAACGACUGCACAUUGUCGAUAAAGAAGGGAUUCAAGAGAGACGCCACAGACGUUUGCACAGAAGAAUCUACAACGUGGAGGCCCCAAAUUAUGUAUGGCACAUUGAUAGUAAUCACAAGCUUAUUCGAUGGAGAUUCAUUAUUUCUGGUGGUGUUGAUGGCUUCAGUCGUUUUGUUGUUUUUCUUAAAUGUAUCGAUAACAACAAGUCCAAAACAGUAUACGGCUGCUUCAAGAAAGCUGUAGCAAAAUAUGGGAUUCCAAAGAAAGUUCGAACAGAUCAAGGAAUGGAAAAUCUUGAUAUUGCCAGAUAUAUCCUGGAUAACGGUUAUGGAAUGAUAACAGGCAAAAGCGUUCAUAACCAGCGUGUUGAGAGAAUGUGGAGAGAUGUGUACGAAGGUGUUCUUUCUUACUUCCAUGACCUUUUCUUUUAUAUGGAAGAGGAAAGUAUUCUAGAUCCUCUGGAUGAACGCCACAUAUGCGCACUGCAUUUUGUUUUCCUUUCGAACAUAAACCAUAAACUUGACACGUGGAAUGAGGCGUGGGCAAACCACAGAUUGCGAACUGUUCGUUCUACUUCUAAACGUUUGUUUUUAGCAGGAGCAAUAAACGUAAAUACAGACCGUCCUUCUCAAACAGCAGACGAAGCAGAUACCGUAAAUGCUAACCAGCUAUUACAUGAGUCCAGGCCGAUAUUUCAGCAAUCAACAUAUAUUGUUUCUCAACAGUGUCAGCAGGAGUUGGAACAUUUAGAUACAGAUUUUGAGAUUUCUCGAUCCGGAGUCCAGAUUUUCAUUCAAGCUGUACACAUUAUAUUAAUACAUGACAGUUUUCCAAACUAAUAGCGUAGAAAUAAAUGUAUGACACUGUUCUUUUUCAUGAUUGUAAAACUCAGAAUGGUUAUUUCGCCA